AUGGCCACCCAACGAGAAGGGGUGAAUCCCUUGAGACCAUACUACAAACCACCGACCAUAGGAGAGCCUCCAGAUGCGACGUCUGCGUCAUCCGCCCCGAAUCCCUUUGCCCGCCAUGCCGGCGGCAAUCAGACGAGCGAGCGCUACGCGUCAAAGGCACGCGACAUCUUUUCCGACAUCGAUUACAAAGACUAUAUCAGCGAGCCGUCUCCUUCCGUCGUCCAAACCGUCAAGGACCUCGUCGACGAGCUGCUAUGGAAGUACACCUCGGUGUUGAUGGCCCAGCCUUUCGAGGUUGCAAAAACGGUUUUGCAGGUCCGGAGUCACGAUGACGUGACUUUGGGCACGCCGGCGUCAGCAGCGGCCACGCCCUUGGCCACGCCAGUGUCGGAGAGGCUGCAGUCCUCGUACGGCAGUGCGGUCUACAGCGAAGCCGACUCAGAUUCGGACCUCGACGAGCCUGCCUACUUUACCUCCAACGCCCCGAGCACGCCGUCACCGUCCUCGGCCAGAGGGAGGCAUCGAAACCGCCGGUCCCCGUCGCCUCCGAGCACGCCUGCGGCGAAGCAGCCCGUGCCGCCUCACCAACUCAGCAUCCGUCGACCCGACUCGUUGAUGGAGGUCAUUGGCCAGCUUUGGCAAAAGGAGGGUGCCUGGGGCGUGUGGAAGGGGUCGAAUGCGACAUUCCUCUACUCGGUCCUCUCGUCACUGUUGGAAAACUGGUCGAGAAGUGCUCUGAGCGCACUGUUCAAUGUGCCCGACCUCGGCGUCAAGGAGGACAUUGAUCGAUUGAUCGACAUCGCCUCGCCCUAUCCGUGGGUCUCUCUGUGCGUUGCGGCGGCGGCGGCCGUUGCAACGGGCCUCAUUCUCGCGCCACUUGACCUGGUGCGCACAAGACUACUCGUUACACCAACUUCGAAGCAGCCGAGAAGAACGUUGUCAACCCUCCGAGCUCUCCCCUCCUACGUCUGUCCCUCGCUCCUCGUCAUUCCUACCAUCCUCCACUCGCUCAUCCACCCCAUACUCACACUGUCAACACCUCUGGUCCUCCGAACCCGAUUUCUUAUCGACAGCCGGGUGUCGCCCACAACCUUCUCGGUUGCCAAGUUCUGCGCGUCCUCGGUGGCGCUUUUCGUCAAGCUUCCUCUCGAGACCGUCCUUCGACGCGGCCAGGUUGCCGUCCUGUCCACACCCUCGUAUGUUCAGGCCCUCUCGAGCAGGGACCAGAAGCUCGAGACGAUCGUCCCGCCCGGUCGUUAUCACGGUGUCAUGGGCACCAUGUUCUACAUCAUGAAUGAGGAGGGGACCCGUGCCAUUCCGACCCUGCCUGCUGCGCCGGCAAAGAAGGGCAGGGCCAAAACCAAGGUCGCAGAAACGGUGUACCGCAAGGGCCAGGGGCUGGACGGCCUCUGGCGUGGCUGGAAGGUCAGCUGGUGGGGUCUGGUCGGACUCUGGACUGCGGGCGUCAUCGGAAACAGCGCCGAGGGCGAGUUCUAG